UAUAAGUACAUGACUGUAUAACAUUGUCUAUACAUGUAUUAUUAUUCAUUAUUCAUACGUACUGUUCUGUAGCUAUUUUCCAAAGAUCCAACGUUUGGAAAAUGGACAUUUGCCCAGUUUGCUUUGAGAGAAUUAAAAACCCCUACUUCUGCAAUCCAUGUAGACAUAUCUAUUGCCUCAGCUGCAUUUCUGCCUGGAGAAAUCGUACCAGUCCUUUAUGUCGAGAGCACAUCAAAUCAUAUAACCGUGUCCAUCAGGUGCCUUCGACUGCUACAGGAAUUACAAAAGACGCACCAAACUACGCCGAGAGAAAUAAAAUGUACGUAUUUUUCCUCAUCAUUGUCUUCAUUCUUGUCGACAUUCCAAGUCCAGCAGGAUUUGUGCAGUCCGUGGUGUACCCUCCAUGCCGUGAUAUACUUCUUAUUAUAUGGGAAAUCUUGUACAUUGUGUUGAUAACCAUCUUGAUGCCAGUCAAAAGUAUCUACAGAUUAAUUGCUGAAAUAGUUAUUUUUGAACUAUACGACAUUUUGCUUGCUACUUGUUAUAUGCCAUUGGGUAUCGGCAAAAUCCUCAUCAACUUUCCUUUCAAUUUUUACGAAGGUUUGAAGACGUACUUUUUUGAUAACAUUUGGUCGGCCUUAUUUCAUAGAACUUUACAUCUGUUGUUGGUUAUUUUGAUGAUAAAUUCUGCUGAACAAACUAUUUGGUUACGGGCUUUUGAAAGAAUUCAGCUUAAAUCCAGAUUGUAUAGAGCGUAUAAAAUAAUUCUUGAGCGUAUAGAACGUAUCAAAGGAAGCUCGUAACCUCUGCUUUCCAAAACAGAAU